AUGCGUCGUCCUGUUCUGCUUCUGCCUCAUAGUAGCAUCAUCCAAUUCCCAUGCGCGCCUCUCCGCAAAAGUGACUCGUGUCACGCUUUUCCACAAACAUCCAUUCCACCUCAUUGCAUGCGAGGCAAUCUGCCUCGCAUGCAGUACCAUUCGCGUUCCAAGCUGGAACCAACCUCCCUGUGUCGCAGCUUUCCCCCCGCCCUCCCCUUGUUCCAGAACAUCUGCCCACGUGGCCUGGUCUCAGUAAUGUGCUUCAAACCCAGCUCCUCGUCCACUUCCAUCACUUUAAACCGCCCCAGCCCAAGCAAAACACAACCGUAUGCGCGUUUAUGCAGUAUCGAACCUCUUCGCUGUAAGGGCCACCCCGUUUGGCAAGCUGAAAUCUUCGCCACCCUAAUCCCCCCCUCGCGUCCCAGCAAGAAAAAAAAAAACCUUUGCCGCUCACGCCCACGUCCUCCCAGCUCGCACGCGGCGCUGCAAUGGGUUUCCACACUCCCUUCUUUCGAGACCCGUUCUGGGACCUGCACCUGUCGCCCCUCGCCGCGAACCUGCGGCGCGGGGCGCGCGGGAGCUCGUGCCACUCGUGCCACUCGUGCGCGACGGUCCAGCCGAGCUACAAGCUGCGCGCUUCCUCCAUCAAGGCGACGCUGCAAGUCGAGCUGCCCGGCGUCCCGCAGGACGCCGUCUCCGUGCAGGUAGAGAUGAACAAGCUGGUCAUCAAAGGCACGCGCUACAAAAGGGAGCCGGGGUCCUGCGCUGUCAGGACACACAAGGACGAGUCGCUCGUCGAGUGCAGGUACCUCCUGGAGUUCACGUUGGGCGAGUCCGUGGAUAAGGAGUGCGUCAAGGCCGAUUGUUGCGGCGACGGCUUGCUAUUUGUCACCGUGCCUUUUGUCGAUAAGGUCGUUAAAAUCGUCGAGAUUGGUGCGUGAAUGGGAGGGGGACGGGGUGGUCUCACGAAGCUCUGAGAACUCUCAGGAAGGUUUGAGGGCUGGGACACCGUUUUGCAUGCGGUUCUGACGAGUUCGUCGUUCGUAGUGGCCUGGAAACUUUGUCCAUAAGUACCUUGUCAGUUAUUUUAGAGUCGUUGCUUUUCUUCACACAACUCUCUUGAAGGAGUCCAAGCACGCCUGUGUGCACCUGUUUAAUGUUCUUCUGUGCUUACGUUCCCGCAGCAACAUUGCAUCAAGAAAGAGGCCAAAGAUUUGGUUUGGCUUUUGUGGUGGAAGCAGAAAUUCUAAUUCCUCCUGGUCUGAUGAUGUAUACCGAAAUGUAAAAGAAAGCAUCAGCACGUUUGCUGCGGAAAAGAUAAAUUGCAGACUACUCGA